AUGUUGUACAUCGUCGGUUUUCGCAGCCUUGACCAUAUUCUUGCCGUGGAGCUGCUCCAAAUCAUAUCCGGUCGUAGAACAGGGUCCACAGCAAAGAGGCUCCAUGCUCCGGCAAACGCAUUGGUGACUUUGUCUAGAUUCGGGGCUCCUGGUGAUAGCGCGGAUAGUGAAGGUCCCGGGAUCCCUAAGGGAGAUAUAACCACUACUCCUUACCUGAAAAUGAAGCCAUCGGUACUCAUAUCAAUGGUGUUCCGGAGGCGGGAACCAGAAACAUGCAUGGUCGAGCAGCGCAAAGACUCUGAAAAGAAAUCCCUACUGCAUCUUUGUGCCUGUGUAGUAAAGAUAAAUAUGGAGUGCCGGACAGGUUAUGGACAGAAAAAAAAAGAGACCUUCGGCAACUUUCAACUUGCUUGGCCUUCUGCUCUUGAUAUCCUCCGAUACGGAUGGGCGUCGAUUCGAACACUGAGCGCUGGCUCAUCGAAGCCUUCAGUGAGGACCAGGCACGAGAUCAACGCGCCGCGUAGAAACGCAAGAGAACACAAGCCUAGAAGUGGGAAGACAGGCGUACGUGUGAACUGUGUUCGGCCUUUGAUCGUUAAUGCUGGUCCCAAGUUGCUGCUGUUGCGGGGCAUUUGUCGUGAGCGUACACAUCGGAGGCACAAGCACAGUCGGGAGGGCAGUGGGCCGCAUAAGCUGAGAGAACCAUAA